UGCUGGGCGUGCUGCCCAUUGUGUGCCCUCAUGUUGCCUCUUGCUUGUGACAGCGUGGCUGAGCACACGCGUGUGCACAGGGUGCCCAGGGAUGGCCACUGGCAGGGGCUGAGCAUGUGCACAGGGCUCAGUGCCCAGUGGGGAUCGUGGGCAGAGGCUGAGCAGGUGUGUGUGCACAGGGUUCAGUGCCCAGUGGUGGCCACAGGCAGGGGCUGAUCAUACGCUUGUGCCCAGGGUUCAGCACCCGGCAGGUGCCAAAGAGGCUGGAUGGGGUUCCCGUGGGCAGUGAUUGAUCAUGUGUGCAGGGCUCCGGUGUCCUGUGGGUGCCGGAGUGGCUGGACAUGGGCACUGCAGGGUCACUGUGGGAUCUGAGCACACUGUCAGGUGCACUGUGCCUGCACAGGGUUCAGGGUGUCUGGUGGUGAUCACGGGCAGGGGCUGAUCACACGUGUGUGCCCAGGGUUCAGCACCCAGCAGGUGCCAGAGCGGCUGAACAUAGUGGCCAUGGGUAGUCAUUAAUCCCACAUGUGUGUGCCCAGGUUCAGUGCCCAGUGGUGGCCAUGGGCAGUGGUUAAUCCCACACAUGUAUGCAGGGUUCAGUGCUCAGUGGUGGCCAUGGGCAGUGGUUAAUCCCCCACCUGUGCCCAGGGUUCAGCCCCCAGCGGGUGCCGGAGCAGCUGGAUGCCGUGGUCAUCGGCAGUGGCGCAGGGGGGCUGGCAGUGGCCACCACCCUGGCCAAGGCAGGCCGGCGGGUGCUGGUGCUGGAGCAACACGACAAGGCCGGCGGGUGCUGCCACACCUUCCAGCAGCAUGGCAUCGAGUUUGACGUUGGCAUCCACUACGUGGGGCAGCUGCACGAGGGCAGCCUCCUGCGUGUGGCACUGGACCAGAUGACGGACGGGCAGCUCUGCUGGCAGCGCCUGCCCGACCCCUACGACGAGGUGACCCUGGGACCCCGGCGCUACCAGCUGCACGCCGGCAAGGUGGCCUUUGUCACCGCACUGGAGGAGCAGUUCCCCACGGAGAAGGCGGCCAUCAGGGAGUUCAUGAAGAUCUCCAAGGUGGCCUCGCGGCACGUGGCACUGCUGGCCGUGCUGAAGCUGGUCCCGCACUGGGUGGCCACCCUCCUACUCCGCUCCAGCCUCCUGUCCCUCCUGUCCCCCGUGUUCCGCCUGGCCACCACCAGCCACAGCCAGGCUGUGGCCCAGCUCACCUCUGACCCCGACCUGCGCGCCCUGCUCGGCUACCUCUUCUACGGAACGGCCCCGCGGGACUCCAGCUUCCUGGCCAACGUGCUGAUGGUUCACCACUACCAGCGGGGGGCCUGGUACCCGCGGGGGGGGGCCAGCGAGAUCGCCUUCCACGCCGUGCCCGUCAUCGAGCGCGCGGGGGGGGCCGUGCUGGUGCGUGCCCCCGUCACGCGCAUCCUCGUCAGCUCCGCCGGCACCGCCCUGGGGGUGGCGGUGCAGGUGGGGUCCAAUAAGGAGGAGCUGGAGAUCCGUGUGCCCCUUGUCAUCUCCGAUGCUGGAAUCUUCAACACCUUCGGCAAACUGCUGCCCCCCCAGAUCCGCAGCCACCCCGGUGUCCAAUCCCGCCUGGCCAUGGUGCGGCCGAGCAUGGGCUCCUUCCUGGUGUUCGUGGGGCUGCGGGGCAGCGCAGCCGAACUGGGCCUGCCCCCCACCAACUUCUGGAUCUACCCCCACAACGACCUGGACACCAUGAUGACCCAAUACGCUGCCCUGAGCCGUGACGAUGUCCCCGAAAACCUGGCCAUGAUGUUCAUCACCUUCCCCGCUGCCAAGGACCCCACCUACGAGCAGCGGCACCCAGGCCAGUCUUGCAUGACCAUCCUGACCAUGGCACGGUACGAGUGGUUCGAGGAGUGGGCCGGGAGCCUCCCCAGGCACCGCAGCUCCGACUACCAGCAGUACAAGAUGUCCAUUGCCCAGCGGCUGCUGGAGAGGGCCCUGCUCCGCUUUCCACACCUGAGGGACAAGGUGGAGUUCAUGGAGGCAGCAUCACCGCUUACCAACCAGCACUACCUGGCGGCCCCGCACGGGGCGAUGUAUGGCGCCGAGCACGACCUGGGCCGCUUCUGCCCCGCUGUGAUGGCCACCCUGAGAGCCGACACCCCCGUGAGGAACCUCUACCUGACAGGGCAGGACGUGUUCUCCUGCGGGCUGGCAGGGGCUGUGCAUGGGGGGCUGCUCUGCGCCUCGGCUGUCCUGGGCCGCCUGCUCUACCUGGACCUCCUGCUCCUCAAGAGGAAGAUCAAGCGGCGCCAGGGCCGGCACACGGCAUGAGGGGGACACCGGCCGUGGGGACACCAGGUGUGGGGACACCUGUC